UGUUGCUCCUCCCACAACGCGCCGAAAGUCUCUCCCUGUCUCUCUCUCCCUCUCUGUCUCUCUAACUCGAUCAGUGCUCUCUCUCUCUCUGAUACACUUCCAUGGCGAGUUCGACUGAGCCACGGCACAAAGAAGAAGAAGAAGAGGAAGCAACACACACAACAACAGCCGAAGACGAAGACACCGGAGCACAAGUGGCCCCCAUUGUCAAGCUCCAAGAAGUCGCCGUCUCCACCGGCGAAGAAAACGAGGACGUCCUCCUCGAUCUGAAAGCGAAGCUCUAUAGAUUUGACAAAGAAGGAAAUCAGUGGAAAGAGCGAGGUGUUGGUACAGUCAAGCUUCUCAAGCACACCCAAACCACUAAAGUUAGGCUUGUUAUGCGACAAUCCAAGACUCUUAAGAUAUGCGCCAAUCAUCUCGUUCUUCCUUCGAUUUCGAUACAAGAGCACGCUGGAAAUGAUAAAUCAUGUGUUUGGCACGCCACUGAUUUUGCUGAUGGAGAGUUGAAAGAGGAGUUCUUUUGCAUUCGCUUUGCCUCUGUUGAGAACUGUAAAACAUUCAAAGAAAAGAUAGAAGAAGUUGCUCAAUCUCAAGAGAAGGUUGGAGUGAGCGAAGAAGCCACCUCCACUGCUAAUCUUCUGGAGAAGUUGAGUGUAGUAGGGGAGAAGAGUAAAGAUGAAGAGGAUAAAACGAAGGAGGUGCCUACAGAGGAGAAAAAAGAAGAGAAUGCUGCGAAGGACAAUCCAACUGAUGAGAAGUAAGUCCUAGAAGGCAUUCAUUCUAGGAUCUGAGUUUUGAUGAAAAGGGUUGCUUGGUGGAUUGAUUAAAUUUUAAAAAAUAAGAUAAAAUAUUUGAUCAUAUAUAAACCUGAUGUGUUUAGUUUGUUUGAGGUAUGAAUCUGUUUGUGCUUUUUGAGAUGGUCUGGUUUUCAGUUGGUUCAACUAGAGUUUGUUCUGUGCUAAGUACCUGGUGGUGGUUCACUGUAAUCUUGACAAUUUUGUUUGUGGGGUACAACAUUAUCCUCUUUGCAUGAUCAUUGUUCUCAUUAAUUAUCUAUCUAUCUAUCUAUAUAUAUAUAUAUUAAAGGUAUAGAUUGAACCUGUU